CCAACGAACACUCUCCGCUCUCAGCAGCAGGGGCCAGAUGGAGCUUCCUCACCAGCAUUGCCUGGAUCAGCAAUUUACUUUUACUUCUUCCUUGUUUGUUGUCCUGAAGGCAGAAAACCCUCGGCUUCCCCAUUGUGGCUACCUUGGUGAAGUCCCUCCCCUUGGGAUCUGGAUCUGUCACAGUGGAGCCCGAUGCAGCAGUCUCUGAGAAUUCCCCUCCCGGGAUCCCAGAACUGUUAGGUUCCUUGGAGGCUGGGCGCUUUUCCUUCUUCAUCCAGUGGUUCCCUUUGACUUUCCUUCUGAACAGGCCGCCUAACAUUUUCACAGAUGCCGGGGCUGGAGAAGGUCCCAGGUUGGAGCCUGGAUCCUUCCUGUACCCUUGUCUCUUCAGGGAUGCUGGUAUGCCUGCUCCUGCUGCCCGUCAUCCGGGGAAGACUUCUCCAAGAAGAGGCAGAUUUCAAAGUAAAUGUCCUUGAAACAGUGACGGUUCAGCAGAACCUGUGUGUACAAGUUCCUUGUACCUUUUCCUCCCUUGGAAAGGACGAAGCCAACAAUCAGAUCUUUCUCUUUUGGUACCUGAGGGAAAAAACCAAUCUCAUCCUAGUGGCCACCAAUAAGCACUAUUUGAACAUAUCUGAAAGAUUUAGAGACCGCUUCAGUGUUAUUGGGAAUCCCCAGAACCAUAACUGCACUCUGUCCAUCAAGAAUGCUCAGAAAUUGGACACAGGGAAAUACAUACUCAAGGUGGAGAAAGGAAAAUUAAAACCUGAGUUUAAAAAUGAGGUGUUUGUCAAUGUGUCAGACUUGACAGAGAAGCCAGUUAUCAAAGUCCUAGAGACCCUGAAAGCUGGGGAUGAAGGGAUUCUGAUCUGCACGAUGCCAGGGGCCUGUGAGGGGGCAAAUUCCCCCACCUUUCUCUGGACAGGGUCUGCCCUCUCCUCCCAGAGUCCUGGCACCAGGACCCAUGCCUCUUCAAAGCUGUCUUUCACUCCAAAAUUCCAGGACCAUGGCACCAAAAUCACUUGUCGAGUAACCUUUAAGAGGUCCUGUGUGACCUCAGAAAGGACUGUGCACCUCAACGUCACCUAUCCUCCCAAGAAGCCAACCAUUCAGGUUCGCCAGGCAAAUUGGCCAGUCCUAAGGUUCCUGGGAAAUGUGUCCUUUCUGUGGGUCUUGGAGGGUGAGUCCCUGAAUCUGAGCUGUGCUGCUGACAGUAACCCGGCCGUCUCUCUGAACUGGACCAAGGGGAAGCGAACUCUGACCUCCUCCCAGCUUUCAGCUGCUGGGGUUGUGAACUUGCAACUUGACCAGGUGGGGCCAAGCGACUCUGGAGAGUACACCUGCCAAACUCAGGCCCCACCGAGGUCCAGGAAGGCCUCCCUGAUGCUCUCUGUGCAGUACCCCCCGAAGCCUCUCAGCUCCUCUUGUUCCUGGACUGAGGAAGGCUUGCUCUGUGCCUGUUCUGUCCAGGGCGAGCCAGCCCCCUCUCUGUGCUGGUGGCUGGGGGAGAGCCCUGUGCUGGACAGCAGCAGCAAUGACACCCUCCAGGUGGUGUCCACUACCUCAGGGGUCUGGACCAAUAGUAGCCUGAAUUUGAUGCAAAAGCCAGAUCCUGCCCUCCGCCUCCGCUGUGAGGGGAAGAACCGUCAUGGGACACACAGUGUCAGCAUCCUGCUGGUUCCAGAGAGAACUACUCAAGGCACGGAAAUGAACAAGAAACCACUGAUCAUGGGAGCUGCCUAUGGGGCUGCUGUCACUGGCUUCUUGGCUCUUGGCCUCCUUAUCAUUGUGGUGAAGAUUCUUAAGAGGAAAUCAGCAGAGGCUGAAGCCAUUGAGGAUAACAGGCACCUUCCCUCAGAGGCCAUCCCCCUUGCUCCAGAUGGGAUACUGAGGUUGAAAAGUUCCCUGAGACCCCCACCCCAUGACACAUCACGCCCCACCUCUAAGGAGGGACCCGAGCUGCAUUAUGCCUGCCUCAGCUUCCAGAAGCUGAGCCCCCAAAAUCCCCAGGAGUCUGCAUAUGCUGGCACUGAGUAUGCUGAGAUCAAGUUUCAAAAAUAGCCUUUGUGAGGAAGAGAAUGGAAGAGGAACAAGAUACAUGGUGUUGUUACUGAAAGAAGAAGUCAAAUGUAGUAUUAACAGAACCUUA